AUGGACUGUGAUGUAUUUGAACUGUUAACUGAAAUAGAAUAUUGGUCGUUGAUUGGCUUCAGACAUGUAUUAACACAAAAUAACAUCGUCACAAAUGCAACAAAAAUAAUGCGACUCCAUCGAAAUGCAUCGAAAAUAGUUAACGACUACAAUACUCUAAUAGCUGGUUUAUCCGAGCAAGAAAUGCUAUUAUUCAGCGAAUCAAUAGAGAUGUGCAAUAAAAUUACAUCACCAAUGACUCAAUGUUAUACAUGGAAACAAAUAGAUAUUGAUGAUUAUUUACUUCACUGUGUUGAUGAAUUAGAAUUGGUAAAAAGUAAAAUGAUAGUAAAAAUUUCUGAUAAUUACAAUCUCAUUAUAAAAUACAUAAUGGUCAUCUACGAAGGCUUUAAAGAACAUAUCAAUAACCUCAUGGUUUAUUGGACACAUUAUGUGGAAAAAAUAGACAGUCUUAUAUGCAAAGCAUUGAUCCUUAACUGCCAAUGUUCGUUAGAAAAUAUUUUAGAACUAAGUGUCGGUGAUGGUUCAGGACCAACGCCAGUAAUACUUAUUCAUGUGAACUUAAAAGAUAAUAAGAUUAAAUAUUUGGCUAGUCUAUUAGAGAUUCUAUCGUUUUCAGUGAACUUUUUAACAGAUUUAUUAAUGGCUAUUAAGUUAUUACCAAGAUUAAAUCAAAUAUUUCAAUUAUCGAGAAAUAAUUGGAUUCCGUAUGAAGAUGAAAUUUCCAAAGAUUGGCUAUGUAUAAAAUUGCAAGAAAAAUAUAACAUAGCUACUAUAAAUGCUUUAAGACGAUUAAAGCGUUAUAUGCAUCAAUUCUUAGUAUUUAAAAACAUAUGGUCAAUGGAUAAAAAACUGUUUUUUGAAAAAUAUAAAACCUUCAAUUCUUCAGCGACACACUUCAAUCAAGAUAUGACUCAAUAUUUGAUUUAUAAACGUAAAAUAUCUUGCAUUAAACCAGUUGCCCAAGUCUCUCAUUUUUUAGUACAAACAAACAUAUUAAAAGAUGACAUUAUUAAACAUUGUGAUGAGUGGAAGAAUAAUUUUUCCGAUCUUCUUCUUGAAAUUACGACAAAUCUCAUAGAAGGAUUUUAUCAAUACAUACAAAUUAACAGCCUUCAAGCGAUGACGCCGCCUAAAAAUUUAACUGAAAUGAUUUCAUUCAUUGAGUUUCGAAAAAGAAUAGUUUUAGAAUACGAUGAUAAAGCUAAGGAGUUUACACUAAUUUCUGAUAAUGUUCAAGUAUUAGAAAUAAAUAAUAUACGAAUGCCAGAAGUAGUACAAAUUAAAUAUGAAAAACUGUUUUAUGCUUGGAGAGUGUACAAGAAUACUCUUGAAGACGCCGAAAUAAUGUUGAAAAGAAAAAAAAAUGAAUUUUUGAAAUUGUUAAAGGAAACACAAGCUAAUUUAAAAUUAAAAGCUAAAGACCUAUUACAGACAUUUUUAGAAACCACGCCAAUUUCUACAAAAUGGAAAUCAAAUGAUGCUUUAAUGUAUACUGAACAAAUACAAAAUAAAUUGGAAAUAUUAAAAACCGAAGAAAAACAAUUAAACGAUGAUCUUGCUGUAUUUGAAAUACAAUUUAUUCAUUCAAUUGAAAUUGAAAAACUCCAGGAAGAAAUAUUGGUCUUACAUUCAGUUUGGAAACUAGUCAAUACGUGGGAUCAAGUUUGGAAAAACUAUAAACAGGAACUAUUUUGGCAUAUACACGUUUCCGAUUUAAAAGUAACUGUGAACGCAUUUUUCGAUAAAUUUAAUACUUUGGUUAAUGAAUUAAAAAAUAAAAAAUGGGAAGUAAUAGAAACCACUCGUAAUAAUAUUGAUGAAUUUCGUAAACUAUUACCGGUGGUUGAAGAUUUAAAAAAUCCAGCAAUGAAAGAUAGACAUUGGGAUGAAGUCCGAAACAUCAUAAAUGAAAAAUUAAUCGAAAAAAGUUCUGAUUUUACGUUAGAAAAGUUAGUGGAAGUUAAAAUUCAAGAUUACAGCGAACAAAUUAGCGAUAUAUCAAAAAAAUCAACAAUAGAACUAGAUUUAGACAAUGCUAUACAAAAUAUAAAAGAAAUAUGGUCCACUAAAAAUCUACACUUAGAACCCUACAAAGAUAAAGGUAUUUAUUACAUAAAAGUGAAUGAUGACAUUUUACAAUUAUUAGAAGAUCAUCUUGUGCAGCUAUCUACAAUCAAGGCAUCAAAAUAUAUUUCUGUUUUUCUAAACGAGGCAGACUUUUUAGAAAAAUCUUUAGGUCUAAUCACGGAAGUUUUAGAAAUUAUUCUAUCAGUUCAACGACAGCAUAUUUAUUUAGAAAAUAUAUUUAUGGGAGAUGAUAUACGACAAAAAAUGACAAUAGAAAGCAUUGACUAUGAUAUUUUAACAGAAGAGUGGAAAGAAAUAACCAUACAAAUAUAUAAAGAAAAUAAUUUAUUCAGAGCAUGUUAUUCUAAAUCUUUAUUCAAACAUUUAAACACGAUGAAUUACCGCUUGGAAGUCAUACAGAGAGCUUUAGAAGUGUAUAUGGAAUCAAAACGUCACGUAUUCCCUAGAUUUUAUUUUAUAUCAAAUUGCGAAUUAUUAGAGAUACUGGGAAACUCUAAAAAUCCUGAAUCUAUACAACCUCAUUUAAAAAAACUUUUUACCAAUGUCCGUAACAUUAAAUUCCUUACAAAUAACAACCAAAAAAAAGAGGCACAAGGUAUGUUUUCUAAAGAUAAAGAAUAUAUAGACUGGAACCAAUCAGUGAUAUGUGAUGGACCAGCAGAGAUAUGGCUAAAUUCAAUAGAAGAUGCAAUGCGCAAUUACCUAAAACAAACAUUAAAGCCAGUAAAAUUGUCAUUAACAAAAAAUCUAAAAACUCGUGACAAGUGGAUAUUGGAAUGGCCAGGACAAUUAUGUAUUGCAGCAUCUCAAAUUCAGUGGACCGCCGAUUGUACCCGAGCAUUAGUGCAAUCCAGACAUUUAAAACACAAAUAUCCUUUAAAAAAAAUGUAUAAAAAACAAAAAAAUAUAUUGACAAAGCUCUCCAAAGUGAUCCGAAGCGAUUUAACCAGUACUGAAAGAUUAAAAGUCGUGGCUUUAAUCAUAAUAGAGAUACACGGUAGAGAUGUAAUUGAAUAUAUGUACAGAUCAAAUUGUAUGGAUAUGUCUGCAUUUGAAUGGAUGUGUCAAUUACGAUUUUACUGUGAUAAAAAAUCAAACGAUAUUGUUAUAAGACAAACUAACACCAAACAUCUAUAUGGAUACGAAUACUUAGGAAACUCCGAAAGAUUAGUUAUCACUCCUUUAACUGAUAGAUGUUACUUAACUUUGACUACAGCUGUGCAUAUGCAUCUUGGUGGAAACCUUAAUGGUUCGACAUAUACGGGUAAAACCGAAACUAUAAAAGAUUUAGGGAAACAUUUAGCUCAAUUUGUUAUAGUAGUAAACUGUUCUAAAAGUCUAGACUACAAGAGUCUGUGUCGCAUUUUCUUAGGACUUGUGCAACAGGGAGCUUGGGGUUGUUUUGAUGAAAUUCAACGAAUACAAAUCGAAGUGUUGUCUUCUAUAACACAGCAAAUAUCGACUAUAUUUUCAGCUUUGUCGGCAGAUCUAAAAACAUUGGUUAUUGAAAACAGAAUUGUUACUUUAGUGCCAACUUGUGGUAUAUUUACCACAACGUUCCCAAAUCAUGAAAACUAUUCGUACUUACCAGACAACUUUAAAUCGAUGUUUCGCUCCGUGUCGAUGAUAGUCCCAGACAGUAAGCUAAUCGCCGAAACAAUUCUUUUUAGUGAAGGAUUUAAAGACGCUAAGACACUAGGUAAAAAAAUUUUUGUUCUAUAUUCACUCUGCAAACAAAUUCUAAACAAACAAAACUAUUAUGAAUACGGACUUCGGAGUUUAAUUGGAUUAAUAAAGUAUGCUGGAAAUUACAAGCGGACAAACGCGGAAGUACCGGAUAAUGAGAUUAUCUUACUAGCAAUCCAUAAAACGAUUUUGACAAGUAUAAAUGAAGAAUAUUUACCAAUAUUUACGGAUAUGAUAAAUAAUUUAUUUCCUGACAUAACUCCGCCUGAAAUAAAAUAUGAAGUUUUAAUAGAUUCAAUAAAACGUAGCAUGUUAAAAAACAAUCUCCAACCAACCGAUUCUGCUGUUUUAAAAAUCGUCCAGUUAUACGAAAUUAAACUUUAUAGAUCUUCUGUUAUAAUAAUAGGAAAUUCUGGAGCAGCUAAAAGCACCACUUGGAAAAUACUAAGAGAUACAUUCAUUUUACUGAAAAGUGAACAAAUCAAUUCAUUCGAAACAGUUAUUGAUUAUGUUUUAAAUCCAAUAACAUUAACUAUAAAAGAACUAUAUGGUGCAUACGAUCAUACUUCACAUGAAUGGGUGGAUGGAAUUCUUUCGUCAAUUACACGAAAAAUUUGUUCUGAUAAUGGAUUAGAACAAAAGUGGGUGAUACUAGAUGGACCAAUCGACAGCCAUUGGAUUGAAAAUAUGAGUUCUAUGAUGGAUGAUACUAAAAUUUUAAUUUUAGAAAACGGGGAACGCAUUUUAAUACCAAAACAAGUAUCUUUUAUUUUUGAAGUAGAGGAUUUAAAAGUUGCAUCCCCUUCAAUUAUUUCGAGAUGUGGUAUAAUUCAUAAUAACCAUAACGAUUAUGGAUGGCGAUUAUAUGUCGACUCGUGGUUAAAUAAUUGCAAAUUUAAGCUGUUUAAAGAUGAGAUAAAAUUUAAUUUUGAACACUACAUUGAUGAUUUACUUAUGUUCAAAAAGUUAAACUGUAUUGAAAUAAUUACUUUAACGGACCAAAAUUGUAUAAUAUCUAUGUGUAAGUUAUUAGAAAGUUGCACCUUUCACGAUUUAGCCGAUAAAAUUCCUAAUGAAUUAAAUGAUGACCAGUAUAAAUAUUUAAUUAAGAUUUGGUUUAUUUUUUGUAUGAUUUGGUCAAUAUGUGGUUGUGUGAAUGAGGAUGGAAAAAAGAAAAUUGAUAUAUAUAUAAGAAAACUAGAAGGUGUGUUUCCUAUAAGAGAUACAGUUUAUCAU